CCGAGGCCAAGGACCGGUCAUCAAAUGCACACUCGGCUCAAUUGGUGAGAAAUCUGUGGUUGGGGGCAGCUAUCUCCAGUUGGGAAUGCCAACAGGGUCCACGGGUACUUCCAGUUCCUUGGGUUCUCGUCAAUCUACAAGUCAAAUGGCGGGCUCGCAGUUCAGCCCGUUGACUCCUCGCGAAAGGGAGCUCAGGGAGCUCCAACAGGUCGAAAGGAUCCGUGAACAGUUAGAGAGGGACCUGAAGAAAGCAACCGAUAGAGAAAUAGAGAUUAAAAAUAGAACAGCCAGGCUUGAUACUUUAGAGGCUGACAAAGCGGAGUUAGAGGGCUUGGAUGAGUCAGCAUUGUCUGAACAAAUGAAAGUAUUGAAGAACAAUAUGUUGUCGUUGCAUGCGCACGUGGACAGCACAUUGGACUUCAUGCAGAGCACUCUUGACCAAAUCCUGGACGUUCUGACAAGACCAGGAUUUAGGCCACCAGCACAGUCGUCGUUGCCAUUAACGGCGAUGUCAGGCCCUUUUCCAGUUCAAGCUGUCGCCUCUCCUUUGACAGAUCUAACUCGACUUGACACGCCGUGGGACUGGAGUAAUGAGUGCGAGGGUGCUUUCAAGAGAUUGAAGCAUGCACUCAUGAAUCAUGAAGUUCUCAUGGUUCUCGAUCCUCAGAAGCCAUUCAUAGCGACCACUGACGCAAGCCAAUACGGCAUUCGCGCAGUGCUGGCUCAACAGGAUGGGAAAAAGUUGAGACCGAUUGAGUACAUGAGUAAGAAGAUACCAUCGAAGAAACUGGCAAAGUCCACCUACGAAAGGGAACUCUAUGCUCUCUACAAGGCACUUGUCCAUUGGAGACACUUCCUAUUGGGAAGGUUCUUCUACUUGAGGACUAAUCAUGAGACCCUCAAAUGGAUCAAGACUCAACCGGCUCUUUCUGACGCACUCAAGCGAGGGAUUGAAGUCAUAGACCAAUAUGACUUCAAGCUUGAGUAUCUGAAGGGAGAGUACAACAAGGUUGCAGACGCACUAUCACGUAGGGUAGACUACCUAGGUGCGCUAGUUUCUGACUUUGGUGUAUCUGAAGAAGUAACUCAAUCAUUGGUGGGAGCCUAUCAGGAAGACCCUGUCAUGAUGGACAUCAUGCGCAAACUUCAGGCAAAAGACAAGGCCACGGAAAGUGAGUUUGUGAUGGUGGACGGGCUACUCUAUCUUGAUAAGGCCGGUGUUAAAAGGCUAGUAGUUCCAUCUAGUGAACGUUUGCGUAGUUUGUUUUUAGGCGAAUGCCAUGACGCAACCGGACACUUUGGUUACAAAAAGACGAGUGCUAAUCUAGUUCAGCGAUUUUGGUGGCCUGGAAUGCUAGAUGACGCAAAGAAGUACGUAGAGACUUGUCAGGUCUGUCAGCGGGACAAGCCGCGAAGUCAAGCACCGCUUGGGUUGCUGAAGCCCUUACCUAUCCCUGCUGGUCCAGGACAGAGUGUUUCCAUGGAUUUCAUGGAUACCCUGGUGACCAGCAAGAGUGGCAAGCGACACAUCUUCGUCAUCAUUGAUAGAUUCACCAAGUACGCUAGACUAGUCGCCAUGCCAGAAACAGCAAGGACGGAUCAUGUCAUCAUGUUGUUCCAGGACAACUGGGUGCGUGACUUUGGUUUACCAAAGACAAUCGUUAGUGACAGAGAUGUCCGUUUCACAAGUGAGCUGUGGAAGAAGACUGCUGAGCAGAUGGGCAGUCAACUUCAGAUGACUUAAGGGAAUCAUCCCGAAGCCAACGGACAGGCCGAGCAAAUGAAUAGAGUUGUACGGC